GGUGCGCGCAACGCGCUCCUUGCGCAGAUUAAGAGGCGGAUUAUGACUGCAACUCAAUACUGAGCUCAUCGUGAGGACGAUGAUCGCUCCCAUUCUUUCGUAGGCGGAGACUGAAGACUCAUCUGAAUUGUAUGGACUGUUUAGCGGGUUUUUCACAUGCUCCGGCGACUGCUAUCUUGCGCCGACCAGUGCUCUACAACGCUUUAAGAAGAACAGGUAGAAAUGGGGGGUUGAAACUGCGAGCCAAAAUCGUCGAGGAAAACGACCCAAUACUGAAAUCCGCCAUUGAUUCAGCUUCCCUUCGUUUCCGAGAGACCCAUCGACCAGAGCCUCUGUUUGUUGAUCCGUAUGCUGGUUGCUUUGUUCCUCCUGAUGUUCAGAUGGAUAUGAAGCAAUGCUCACAUCAUUAUUGCGUUGCUACGAAAUUCAUGGACGAUAAGUUGCUUCGAACAGUAAACCAUAUUGAUGGACUUAAGCAGGUUGUUUUGCUAACCGAUGGAAUGGAUACCCGUCCCUACAGGCUCAGUUGGCCAACUUCAACCAUUAUUUUUAAUGUCUCUCCGGAACGGGUGUUCAAAACAGCAACUGAGAAGCUUCGAGGUGUUGGGGCUAAGAUUCCAAGAAGCUGCUUAUCCCUUCAUGUUCCUUUGGAAUCCUCCAACAUACAGGAAAGUCUGCGUGCUAAAGGGUUUAACGGCAACCUGCCUAGUAUUUGGGCCAUGCAGGGGCUGCCUUUGAUGACAUUAGCAAGUUUUGAAGACAUUUUGCUUACUGUAAGUGGUUCAGCGAUGAACGGAUGUUUUUUCAUGGGAGAAUUGCCGGCUUGGUUGGCAGAAACUGAAGUAGGGACCAAGACUAGUGCAAGGACAUGGUUGGAGAAACUAUUCAUGAACAACGGCUUUCGGGUGGACAUGGUUUGCUAUGAGGAAGUUGCAAGGAGUUUAGGCAAGGAUUUAGCACCGGGAAGCUAUAAGAACAUACUAUUUUCUGCAGAACAACUUCGGUUUUCUGAUGAUCAGAUGGAAACUUGGAGGAAGGAAUUCCAAAGAACCGAGGAAGAAGGGGAUGAGGAAGGUUUCGAAGAGCUCUAAUAUAAUUAGGUGUUUUAGGCUACAAGCUUAAGAUGACAGAUUUUGCUUCUUAAUUUAUGGUCUUGCUUUUAAUUUAGUCACGCUACGUUGUAAAUUAAUUUUUAAUCAAAUUUUGGUUGAUCUUUCUCUUGCCUUCUUGUAAAAGUUUUGAUGUGAAUAAAACUUGCUUGUACACUA